AUGAGCGCUUGUACUGACAUCAAGCCAGCCGUUGGCGAAGUGCAAGAGCUUCGCAGAAACUUCUCCUUAUUCUCUGUUCUCGGAAUCUCUUUCUCGCUUGCGAAUUCUUGGUUUGGGAUAUCUACAGCGUUGGCCACUGGUAUCAAUGCAGGUGGUCCUGUUCAGCUAGUGUAUGGCACCAUCAUCAUUGGCAUCGUAUGCUUAUGCAUCGGGGCCUCGUUGGCGGAACUGGCAUCAGCUAUGCCAGAUGCUGGUGGACAAUACUACUGGACAAGUCAACUCGCAUCUCCGAGGUAUGCGCGGUUUGCGAGCUAUCUCACCGGCUGGAUAGCAUGGGCCGGGUCAUUGUUUACCUGUGCAAGUAUUGCACUGGGCGUUGGGAAUUUGUGCAUGGGAUGCAUUCAAAUGGCUCACCCAGGCCUAGAAAUCAAACCCUGGAUGUCAUUCCUCGCGUAUCAAGUCGUCAAUGCUGCGUGUGCACUGUUCAACACAUACAGCAAGAUACUGCCCAGUCUCACACUCUUUACUCUAUGGAGUUCUAUCAUCUCCUUCUUGGUCAUAAUCCUCGCAAUUUCCUGCAAAGCACCAAGCCAUCAAUCCGCGCACUGGGUAUUUACGACCUUCAUUAAUCGGACAGGGUGGGACAGUAAUGGCAUUGCUUUCAUUGUUGGGCUCAUCAACCCGAAUUGGGCAUUCAAUGGCCUCGAUUGCGCAACACAUAUGGCAGAAGAGGCUAGGGAUCCUGAGAGGAUCGUCCCAAUCGCGAUACUCGGAACCGUUGGUAUUGGCUUUGUCACCGCUUGGUUGUUUGGCAUUGCUAUGUUGUUCAGUAUCCAGGACUUCGAUUUGAUCUCCAGCACGCCAACGGGCGUACCAAUUCUGGAACUGUUUGACCAGAGCCUUCACAACAAGGCGGGCGCCAUUGUGUUACUCUCCCUUAUCACCGUAACGGGAUGUGGCUGUUUGAUUGCAUCCCACACCUGGCAAGCACGCCUCUGCUGGUCUUUUGCUAGAGAUAAUGGACUUCCAUAUUCUCGGUUUCUCGCCACUGUCCAUCCCAAAGCUCACGUUCCUAUCAAUGCGCACAUUGUCAGCAGCAUCAUCGUUGCCGUCCUGGGGUGCCUUUACCUUGCAUCGUACUCGGCUUUCAACAGUAUGGUUACCGCUUGCAUAGUCUUGCUCUAUUUGUCCUACAGCAUUCCAGUGUUGUGCCUUUGGCUAUACGGGCGGUCGAAAUUGCGGCGUGGACCGUUCUGGCUGGGGCGGCUUGGAUGGGUUUGUAACAGUGUAUUGUUCGGCUGGUUUCUCUUUGCGUUGGUGAUGUAUUCGUUUCCGCCAAUCUAUCCAGUCAGUGCGGAUAAUAUGAACUAUGUGUCGGUCGUCUACUUUGUGGUUUCUGCAAUUGUAAUAGCGUGGUGGUAUGCCUCUGCAAGGAAGAGUUAUAGUGUUACUCACGCCGGCGCACACCGAGAUUGA